CAUGUCCCUUAUAGAUGUACUUGAACAAGUACUUAACAACUUUAAUGCUCGAGCAUAUCUCAACAUUUAUGUGGCAGUUGAACAUCCGCAAAAGAUAUGGGUUGUAAGGAACUACCCACCUAUUAUCCAGUUGGCAUUUUCAUACCGUUUCAGUCCGACCAUCAUUGCGUCUCCUAUACAGUGGGGAGCUCAGCGGAGAUGAUUCUGUCAUACUGUUCCGGACAUGUGUAUUUGUAUUUUCCAGUCAUGAUGAGCAAAAAGUGAGCAUGUGCUAAUCCCCGCUUUUGGAACUCUACGACAUAUGUAUAUGCCUUAACCUUUCCAAGAAUGGCCUUCUCAAAUAGUUGCUUCUUCAUUUCUUCUAGCUUCGCCUUGAAAACACGAACGACAAUGUCUGGGCGAUCUUGUGGUGUUUGUCCAAACUGUAGUUCACGUGUGAUCUCUUCCCAGUUGGGGUUGCAGGUCAUUGUGAGGAAUACAUCUGGUUUUCCAUAUUUUCUAACUAAAGCCAUAGCAUCUUGAUACCGACGAAUUUUAUCUCAUGGCCCUCCAAUAAAUGAUGACGCAAGUACUCUCCGUUUUCCAAUUGCAUCUCCAUUCUGUUCUCCGGCUUGAAUGCUGUCUAGAAGGCCUUGGUAUAGAUCCGCCCUUAUUUUGUUUUGAUGAUGCCACAUGUAACCCAGUCUGGAGUUUUCAAUCUUUAUGUAUGUAUCUACAGCAAACUGCUGAAAAAGCCGUCCGCCGUGCAAUAUUGGGUUGAAUAUGCUUGGUCGUGUAUGGAAUUUAUAGCAGUAGUAUUCUUUCAUGGUUACCCACAGGCCGUUGGCAGAAUCUGUGCAAAUAUUGUGACAUCAAAAGUUAGUUAAAUUGAAUUUUGAAUAUAAUAGUAUAUGAAAAUUUUACCUGGGUCAUCAUCAUUACUGAUAUCAUCAGCACCAAUAUCUUCCGCUUCUGUAUCCCUCUUUGGGAUUUUCCUAUGCCAACCCAGUUCAGCUCUUGGAAAGAAUAGAGGGUACGACAACGGAUCAGAGCACCCGUAAUAUGAUCGAAUGUGCUCUUUUUCGUUGUUGUUUCCAUGUAGUAUUACAUUCCUGUCAUAAGUGUCUCUUCUUUCAUUUCCUUCAAUCCACACUGCAGCUACCUCUGAAUUUA